CACGGUUUCGGAAAUGAAAUUAUACCAGUUUCUUCUUCAUCUGCGUCGAGUAGUAAGCCUUCCCACGAACCAGAAAAGGCAAAGCUGUUAAGUGACGAGGGUUCAUGGUGCGCAGGUCAAAUACAGGUUAAUGAAUACCUGCAGCUUGACUUUGGAAAGGCCAUGAUGCUCACCGGAAUUGCUUCGCAAGGACACCAUAGCAGAGACGAAUACGUAACAAAGUACAGGCUAGACUACAGCGUUGACGGUGCAGUGUGGUUUCGAUACACCCACGCUUUUGAUUCGGAAUCCGAGCGAAUUGAACUGGAAGCGAAUAAGGAUAGCAAGAGUGUAACAGUAAUUCAGUUCUUACACGAAAUCAAAGCACGCUAUUUGAGGAUCGUGGCAAAAACCUGGCACAAUGGAAUCUGUCUCAGAGUUAGAGUACUCGGAUUUAACGGUACGUGUUAA